AUGGACAUCAUUUUAGGUAUCAGAGUUCAAGAGGGAACUAUAAUUGCUGCAUCCAAAGCAGCCACCAGAGGGAUCUCCAUCUUGAAAGAUACUGACGACAAGACUAGAAUCCUUAAUACACAUAAUUUGGUUGCGUUUACCGGAGAAUCCGGUGAUACGGUGCAUUUCACUGAAUAUAUCCAGGCCAACAUCCAAUUACACACAAUGAGAGAAAAUGACUUGGAAUUAUCCCCAUCAGCAGUUGCCUCCUUUGUAAGAAACCAAUUGGCCACUCUGCUUAGAUCCAGGAAACCAUACCAAGUGAACGUCUUACUUGCAGGAUAUGAUGUUAAGACGAACACACCAACAUUAAAUUGGAUCGAUUACUUGGGCACUCAGACCGAAUUACCAUACGGUGCCCACGGAUACGCUGCAUUCUACUGUUCCUCUUUAUUGGAUAGACACUAUAGGACAGACAUGAAUAUUGACGAGGGAUUGAAAUUGUUGGACGACUGUUUGGAAGAAUUGGAAAGAAGAAUGCCAAUUGACUUUAAGGGGUGUUACAUCAAGGUUGUAGAUAAAGAUGGUGUAAGAGAUAUAACCAAGUAG